CGAAACUGUCUACAAUAAUACUUCCGGUUGUCAGUGGGAGUAAAACUGAUGUACUGAGGCAGACUCUUCGGGCUUUUAGGAUCCACAGGACAUCAACACUCACAUCCUUUAAAAUAAACCCACAACAUUAUCAGCAGCCAUGGAUUCACAAGCAAACCCACAGCCAGUCAUGUGCGAGGUCUGUGGAACUUACUUUGAGUCGCGGCGAGGCCUCUCCAGCCACGCCCGCCUCCACCUGCGGCAGCUUGGUGUGACGGUGUCAGAAAGCAGUGGAGCUCCCAUUGACCUCCUCUACCAGCUCAUCCGGGAGAGAGAUGGCUCCCUUCCUGAUUUCAAGGCAGACUCCUCUGUAGCUGGGCUGAGCUCCCUCAAAAAAACAUCCCAGCUGGAGUCCAAGACACCAUCAGAACCAGAGGACAGCGGUGCCUCCUCCAAAGCAGGGAGUAGAGUCAUAACAACGCCGCACAAGAUGGAUCGUCAGGGAUCUCCAGCCAGACUCAAAGAGUCAGCAGCUUCUCUCCUCCCCUCCUCUCCUUCUAGUCUCAGGCUGGCUGAGUCUAGAGCAAGUGAAGGCAGCAGCUCAUCCUUCUUAGAGCACCAAACCUCAACCAAGCCACUGUGGGCGCCUCUUGAAACUGACGCUCCCAUCACCUUAGACACCAAUGAUGAGGUGCAUGUGUGCCAACUUUGUGGCUGCUGGUAUGAGACGCGCAAAGGCCUGUCCAGUCAUGCUCGGGCCCACCUGCGCCAAAUUGGCAUCCCUGACAGCGAGAUCAAGGGCAGCCCUAUUGAUCUUCUUUAUCGGAUCAUGGAAGAGGAGGACCUGAAGCCCAUCAGCAGCGAACAAAAGGAGGAGCUCUCCUCAGAAAGUCCUCCUGGAUCCUCCUCCAAACGUCUCUCCAGUCUGUCCUCUCCACCUGCAUCUCCUCCCAGCAAACGGCCUAAGACGUCAGAGGACUGUACCUGUAUUCUUUGCGGGGAGGAAUUCGAGAAUCGUAAAGGACUGGCCAGCCACUCGCGCUCUCACCUGAAUCAACUCGGAGUGGUUGACUUGCUGGGAAAAAGCUCUGCAAUUGACACCGUCCAGGAAUUGGUCAGCAGUGGUGUGCUAGAAGCCACACACACCCACAAAAUGAACAGUAAAAGCAGCUCAUCAGCAGCACCAUCUCCUGCAGCCCAGGCUCUGUCUCCAACCCCAGAGCAAUCGCAGACCUCGUUUCCCUCCACAUCUCUUUCCCCAAGCCCUGCAAAGUGUACUCCUCAACCUCCCUUUAAUAGGGCUCCAAAGGCUAAGAAAGGCUUUCGGCUAGCAGUGGACCCUCUUCACAGGAAGCCCAAACCGGAGCCCGUGGAGACCGAGGUGUCUGUUCAACCAAGUGGAUCCAGCACUGACCGCAACUCUCCCACGCAGAAGUCGCCUGCUGCUGUGGGUUCAAAGCCUCUCGAACCAGAGUCCUCCACAGAGGUGCAGUCCACACCAACAGUCCUUUGCGAUUUCUGUGGCCAGCUGUUUGAUACCCGCAAGGCCCUGUCAUGCCACGCCCGCGCCCAUUUACGCCAGCUCGGCCUCACCUGGUCGAUCAAAACUUCGCCAAUCGAUCUCCUCAAAGAGGUCAUGAUGCACGGUGCAGAAGGCAGGAGAGAGUCUGCGCCCAGUGGUUCAUCAGGCAAAGCCACGUGGACCCCUCAAGGCUCCAGACGGUCCCUGGACAGCCUCCAGGCAGGGGGACCGGACAGCAAACCCUGCACCUCACCUCUUGAUUUUUCCAUGAAAGAAAAAUCCUCAUCUGGCAAGAGCGGAGCCUCACACACCGAUGCAUCCUGUGAGCUUUGCGGGUUUGAUUUUGAAAACCGCAAGGCCCUGGCCAGUCAUGCUCGGGCCCACCUGCGACAGUUGGGAAUCAUUGAGUGGAAGGCAGACGGAGCAACUUCGCCAAUCGAACUCCUCAGUGAAUUGAUCCGGAGGGACCCAGCGAAGGUGGCAGCAAUAACCCAACGCUAUCGUAUGGGAGACCUUUACAUCAAGAAGUCCCAGAGAACUGCUGCUUCGCCCUCUCUGUCCACAGACUCUGACUCUGUGUCCGGCAGCAGCCUGAAGCCUUCAGUGCGCAGAGAGGGCUUGAGUGUGACUGCCGGCUCAUCCAGACAAUCACAAAACCACUCUCGGUCCGCUGCAGCCCACGGCGAGCUCGGUGUGCGCUCCCUGCGAGGGCUCCAUCCACCAAAACAUGUAUUGCCUGCACGGGAAGAGAAUUCCCAGCAGCCAUCACGCUCAGGCAGCAUCCCUGCUCUGCUGCCAAAGCCCCCACUAACACAGCUGGUCAAACUGGUGGGCAAAGUCUACUCCCUCAAGUGCAGGUGGCAGCAGAUGUUAAGGUUCUGUGAAGAGGUGUUUCAUGGACCUCUGUCAGUCCAGCAGCAGUGGAUCACACACCUACAGAAACACAUCCUGUCACUGGGCUACAAAGGCAAAGCAUCUCCUCCCGCUGCACCGGUGGCAGCUCCUGCACUCAUCCAUCCAGUGGCUGUCUAGUCCACAAAUUCUUUCUGUAAUUAACAAAGGACUGUCAUUUUCAAACGUCAGGCGAGAGGAGAGAUUUGCUGUCUUCAUGUGUGUUUUGAGGUAACAGGUUGACAGAGAAAUGCAAAAUACAUGUUCCCUUUCCGUCCUAGAGAGGGCGACCACGAACCAAAUGAGGAAAGCAACAGAAUGUGAUCCACUCAGGUAAAAGCCACACGAUACAUUUGAUUAUAGUACUGACUGCUGAAUGUUUUGUACUGAUUCGUACGUGCUUCAGCGUGCUUCAGUGCUGGCUUGUCCCACAGAGAACGAUCCAGGUCAAUAUUUUCUAUAUCUGUUUUUGUCCUACUGAGUAGACUGGUAUGGUGCUAUGUCACUGUGAUAUACUUUCUCUCCUUUAUAUUGAACGGGGUGUUGUUUUAUGAAAUAAUUUUACUAUAAAUCUCAAAGUAUUUUUUUUUCAAGUGCAAAUGUUUUGGAACUGGUGCUACAAAGGUAGACAGAAUUUGUAUCAAGCUUUUGAUAAACUUGGUUGGUAAAGAAGUCAUCAGUAAUGUCUUAAACAAUCAAAGCCUCAGAUAUCAAGACUCUAGAGACACUGUGUUUCUGUUCUUUCCCUUUUCUUCAGGUAUAGCUGCUAAUCAAGUGCUGUUUUUCUGGUCUCUUUACAUUUGUUUUUAACACUUAUUACAUAAAUUAAAUUCUGUCAUGUAUAUAACCA